UGGGUCAAGUCAGAGCAAUGUCACGAGUAGCACGUGGGCAGCUGAAACUCCCAUCCAUACACAAAACUCCAAACUUUACCCACAUUUUUAAACAGUUUCAAUUCAAUUAUCCCACCUAACCAAUCCCAUCGCUUUCUUUUCAGUUUCAAUCUUUCAUUCUUUGUGGUUCAUUUCUCUCAGAAUCCACAAAGAAAAAUAAAAAAAUUUCAUUUCUGUGAGAUUCUCAGAAACCAAAUUCUUCUUCACCAACUCCUCCAAGAAUCAUGCAUGAGAAGAAUAUUGUAGAGGACGUUAUCAACGACUUCGUUGAUAACUUCACUGAGACAGUUCAGAAGAAAAAAAACGUUUCUUUCUUCGAACAAGAUGAUACCGUCUCUUCUCGUUUCAACCGCAUGUUCGGUCGGGAGAAGCCGAUCCAUCAUGUCUUAGGCGGUGGCAAAUCCGCUGAUGUGUUGUUGUGGAGGAACAAGAAGAUCUCCGCAAGUGUUCUGAUGGGAGCUACUGCAAUCUGGGUGCUUUUCGAGUGGAUCAACUUCCAUUUUCUCUCUCUCGUUUGUUACGGUCUCUUGCUUGGUAUGAUCGUGCAAUUCGUCUGGUCUAAUGCCUCAGGGGCUCUAAACCGCUCACAGUCUGGAGUGCCUCGCCUUGUUCUUCCAAAAGACUUCUUUGCUGAUGUUGGUGUGACCGUUGGAACAGAGGUUAACCGUGGUUUGAUGUUUCUUCAGGACUUGGCUUGUAGAGGGAGUUUGAAACAGUUCCUCAUGGCUGCGAUUGGACUAUGGCUAGCCGCAAUGAUCGGUAGCUGUUGCAACUUCCUAACUGUUUUGUAUAUUGGGUUUGUGGGAGCACACACAAUGCCGGUUCUGUAUGAGAGAUAUGAAGAUGAAGUUGAUGGUUUUGUUGAUUCUCUGCUAAUGAAGUUUCAUAGUCACUACAAGAAGAUGGAUACUGGCUUUCUCAGUCGAAUCCCAAGUGGAAGGUUUGGGUUCAAGAAGCAUGACUAAACCAACUUCCUUAUCUAAAUCUUUUCUUUCUUGUUUGAACAAUGGAUCAUGGUUUGUUCUUUGUUGUGUUAAUGUUUUGAGAAUACUCAUGUAGAUUUGUGUAUUGAAUCUUUUUAUUUUGUUGUUACAAACUUGUCUCCAUUGGUUUCCUUGUUUA